AUGAUCUUGGUGCAUCAUGCUGACAGGCUGCUGCUAGGAUUCUACAUCAGCAAGCAUUCUCCUUCGGAUUCAUGGACGAUCUACCUGGAAGAUGGAGGCUGGUGUUUUGACCAAGAGGAAUGCCUUGCCAAGUCUCAGACUGACUCAGGGUCGAGUAGAGACUGGCCUGCAGCAAGAAACAACCUCGGCGGAGUAGAAUCUUUGCUGCUAAUUCUCAGCGACUCGACAUCAGACAAUCCCGACCUCAGCGCAUGGAACAAGGUCGUCAUUCCAUCUUGCGACGGGAGUUCCCUCAGUAGCACAGCAUCACAAAGCAUCAUUAACUCUACUGCUUCGGUCUGGCUCGAAGGCCUCAACAUCUUUGAAGAAACCAUCUCGACGCUGAUUGCGAGCCAAAACCUGGCAAAGGCACAGCAGAUCAUACUGGCUGGCAGUGGUUCGGGAGGACUUGCAGUUGGACUGCACCUGGACCGGUUGGAAAGCAAGGAAAUCACCAAGAAGAUAAGGAAUCCGUUGUACGUCGUGCAGUCAGGAUAUGAUUGCGAGCACCUAAAACUGGCGUUGGGUAUUUCCAGACAAAUGUUCAACGGGACAGGACGGAAGAAUCUGACACAAGUGACAAUCGAGGUGGAGAACGCUACUCCAUCAGAUGCUGUCAGACCCAACGGCAAGAUGUCACUGAUGGCGAGCGAGCAUGGUUUGCAAGAGUACUUCAAAUUUGCAAGCGACGGGAUGUGCAACUUUCGUGGGAGCUGGUCCAAAGGUUUCGUGCGGGCUGGAUGCCAACGUAUCACCCUCAAGGUCGUCGGGGACCUCAGCAUGAUUAACUCGGGAGAGAAAACGUGUAAAGCAUGA